AUGGCCACUUCCUCCUACCCGGAAACCCCCCAGACGUCAAGAAAGUCCAAGAACACGUACACGUGGAAGGGUUUCGGCGCUGUCCCUAACGCCCUGAAGGAGCUCAGAGAAGAAGGCCUGGAUCUAACUCCGAUCCCGGCGGCCUGCAAUAACAACAACAACAAUCCCCUGGAUGAGACCAAGAGGGAAAAGUCUCUGGCGCUUCUGGCGCAGAAUUUCGUGAAGCUGUUCGUGUGUACCGGAUCGGAAUCGGAAUCGAUUUCUCUUGAUGAAACUGCGAAAUUACUGCUUGGAGUAGGGGAUGCACAGAAUGUAUCGAUGAUGAGGACGAAGGUGAGGAGGAUCUAUGACAUUGCAAAUGUGUUGUCGUCAGUGAAUUUGAUUGAGAAGACUCAUACGGCGGAUACAGGGAAGCCGGCGUACAGGUGGUUGGGGCUGAAUGGGAGAAGAGAUGGUUUGAAUUUGAAUUCGGAGCCGAAUUUGCAGCAGGCUAAGAAGAGGAGCUUUGGGACAGAUCUGACGAAUGCGAGUAGUAAGAGGAGCAAGGUUGUGGAGAAGAGAGUUCAAGAUCAGGGUGAGGUUGAGAACUGCAAUUCGGAUGGCUGUGGGGCGAAGGAGAGUUCGAAGAGCUACCAGUUCGGUCCUUUCGCUCCGGUGGCAGUUCCAAGAGCUAGGAAGGGUGUUGACAUCAACAAGGUUUGCUGGGAGAGUCUUGGGGCUUAUUAUCGGCCUCAGUAUCAGAACCAACAUAAUUUGGGGACGGUGACUGAAUUUUUCUCUUUUCGAAUUACCAAGUCUGAGCGGCCUUAG